UGGUCCCUUAUUUCACCAUGCUGUUCCUGUGUGGUGUUCCUCUGCUCUUCAUGGAGUACGUCGUCGGCCAGUACACUCGUUUAGGGCCAGUGCAUGCUAUCGCCAAAAUAUGUCCGUUGUUAAAAGUUUUCUUAUCUCCUUAAAGACAGAGAUUAUCUACCCGGUCAAAACGUAUGGGUCCUUCACUUGAUUUAUCGCUCAUUUCUUCCUGGUUAAUGCUCUGUGCUAAACAAGGGCCAAAAGCAGGUAGUUUUCUUCUGUAUGUUCUUUUGAAUGAUUUCCCUGUGCAACUCAAGUGCAGUUUACUGUGAUGUACCUGUGAUCAGUGAUUUGGAUGCCCACAAAUAUCUAUCACAAAUCAGCGAAUAUGCUCAUGUUUAACUGACUGCAGUAGACUUAAUCAUAGCAAAUGAAAGUGUAAUUUUAACCGGCCAACCGGUUUUCUGCCACUCUUUGCUGACUGUCUGAUUUGUCUCAGUGAGGGCACCUAGUGGACAGGUGAGGGUAAUAAACACAGAAGUCGAGACAGAAGAGGAUUGGCUCCAACUGAUUCCCUCCAUCCUUGUCUGCUCUGCCUUGUUUUUGAGUACAGCAGACUGAUGUGUUUUGGCAGUUUGUAAUGACACAUCACUACACCACUUGGAGUGUGUCUGUUGUACGAGUGGAGCAGUCAACCGUGUAAGCUAGAUGUGUAGAGUGAAAGAGGCAAACAGGCAAUAACAAAGGGGGGAGCGCUUAACGUGGACCAUACCCAGUGGUUCUUGCUGAUCCUGGAGCUCAGAGCGGGUUUCCUUUGGCUCUGUCAUCAUGUUGACACAGAGCUGUUUUUCAGCUGCCUCUCCUUCCAUUUUACCAGAUAGUGACAUUGGAUCCAGUGGAGCAUGGCAUUCCUGUCUUUCCACGACUAGUAGAAAAAGGCAAUAUUUUUACAUAUCCCUGAAAAACAGCAGAGAGACCAGUCUUUCAAAGACAGAGCUUUUGUAGUAAAAGAUCUCAUUCAUUCUCAAACAUCAAAGAUAACAAAGAUAGCAGAGAUAGCAUUAUACAAAAGAUCAGGAACAGGAUACUCCACAAUUCUGAAAAUACACUUAUUUACUUUCUUACUGAAAGUGUGAUUAGAAGUUAAAUGCUGCUCUGACGUACUGUGCAUACAGUGAAUAUGUAGCUGGCACUUGGUUAGCUUAGCACAAAAACUAGAAACAGCCAGCUUGGCUCCAUAGGAAAUAUGAAAUGACAUGAGGUAAACAUGACAAUUAGUUGUUACUGAGGGUCAUUACCAGGCAACCAGUGGAGACUCCAGGAAAGUUACUGGUCCAAUCAUCCAGUCCAUAACCCCUGUAAAAUGGCAAAUUCUCAUUUUAUCCAAUUCAUUCAAGGUUAGUCCAAGAAAUAGAGUUAUUUAGAUCCCUGCACUGUGCUAUUUUUAAAUGCCAUACCAACUACAAACAGGUGAAUCAGUUUCAUGGAUGUCCUCUAGUAAAUAUUUUGUGACUGUGUUAGAAAAACAACAUACAGAUUAAAUUCUCUGAAUAAUAAAGCAUCCUGUGCUCCAUCUGAUGCUAAGCUAAGCUAACUGACGGCUGGCUCCAGCUACAUAUUUACGUGUGAGGAGUAACAAGCUUCUCAUCAAAGUCUCUGCAAGAGAGUGAUUAAGCGUAUUUCCCAAACUAUUCCUUUAAACUAUUGAUCUCAGAAUAUAAAAGUUUGCAGUGCUUUGUAUUGUCGGGUAGUACAAAAGGUAGUAUAGGUUUCUCAGAAGUUACAGAAGAAGCAAAUGGAAUGAAAACUUUUCUCCUAGUUACUUCAAAAGUUGCCAUCCUGUAUUUAAGAAGGCUUAAGGUUUAAAACUGUCUGCUCUACUGAAUUGUCGUUGAGCAAAAAUAAUGAACCUGCUCCUGAGUCUUUAGCUGAGUCAUUGCUCUGAAUUCCCUGAGGAAGAGACGGCUGAAAAAAAAAAAAAAAAGAAAAAGAAAACAUGCAUAUGGUACACACAGACACCACAACCUGAAACCUGACACACAGCUAAGAACCACAGGUGUUAAAGGACUGAAUAAUUUACAUCUGUAUGCUGGAGGACUUUGAUCUCUCCUGUACUCAUUUUGGUCAAGAGCCUGUUAUAUUCAUCAGCCAAAUGACAUAGUGGAAUUUCUAAUCCAUGACUCCAGGAAUUCCUUUCAUCUGUGGCCGAGUCUGCUUGACUUUAUCCUGGCCAGCACUGACCCCAGAUUACCCCAUGAUACUGGCUCUUCUCUGUUGUCUUAUCUUUAUGCAAAAUCAUUUUAAUCCCAGGCCCAAAUAAUUGACAUGUCACUGCAAAACAUGGAGUUUCAGAGUGAUUUUAUAACAGUUUUAAGUGUGGUAAUUUCAUCCCCUACAGAUGGCAUGACUUCUGCAGAGUCCUCUCUCACUUUGUGUCCCCCCACCCCCACCCCUUCCACCCCCACUACGUGUUACCCUGCAGGUGUUGGUCUGGCCACAGUUGUUAUCUCCUUUGUGUUCUGCACAUACUACAAUGUGCUCAUGAGCUGGGCACUUUUCUAUUUCUUCAACUCGUUCGGAGCGACGCUUCCCUGGACGUCCUGUAACAACACGUGGAACGCUGUCGGAAACUGCUCCAGUGGUUUCCCCGGCAACGCCACCCACCUGCAGUCUGCCAGUCAACAGUUCUUUGAUCACAGGCUGCUGGAGAAAAGCAGUGGCAUUGAAGAAGCUGGUGGCCUUCGCUGGGAGCUCUUCGGCUAUCUCCUUAUUGCCUGGGUCGCCGUGUAUUUCUGCAUAUUUAAAGGAGUCAAAUCCACUGGCAAGGUUGCGCAUUUCACUGCAAUAUUUCCAUACUUCAUCCUGUUCGCCCUGCUCAUCAAUAAUGUGCAGCUCCCCGGAGCCAGGGAAGGUAUCCUCUACUUUGUGACACCUGUCUGGAGCAAACUGUUUGAAGUGAAGGUUUGGGUUAAUGCAGCUGCACAGGUGUUUAACUCCAUUGGAAUAGCAUUUGGCUCCAUGAUUUCGAUGGCUAGUUACAACAAGUUCAACAACAACAUUCUCAGGGAUGCUUUGAUUGUGUCAUUUACCAACUCGUUCACGAGUAUCCUGGCCGGCUUUGUGAUCUUCUCAGCUAUUGGCUACAUGGCUCAUAUACAUAACCUCCCAGUGGACAACAUAGCUACAGAUGGUCCUGGUUUGGUGUUUGUUGUGUACCCUGAAGUCCUCUCCACCAUGCCCGUCUUUCAGCUCUGGGCCCCUCUGUUCUUCUUUAUGCUGCUGUGCCUGGGCCUGGACAGCCAGUUUGCGACAGCUGAGGUGGCUGUGACGUUCAUAAAAGACGAGUUUGGUCACAAAAUUCCCUUCCUAAAAAGAGAGAUGCUCGCCCUGGCUGUGUGUGUCGUCUGCUUUGUGUUGGGGAUUCCUCACGUCACUAAGGGAGGUAUCUACGUGUUUCAGCUGAUGGACCACUACACCGCUGUGGUUUCCCUCGUGUUGUUGGCUUUCUUUGAAGUCCUAGCCGUCUGCUGGAUCUUCGGUGUCUCACGCCUCUCCUUAAUGGUCAAAAGGAUGCUAGGCAAAACUCCAAACAUAUACUUCCGUCUCUGUUGGCUGCUGCUCUGUCCUUUGUUGGUGCUGUGCAUAAUGAUCUCCAGCAUUGUCCAGUACACCCCUGCUCGCUAUGGGACGUACACUUACCCAGUGUGGGCUGAAUGUGUGGGCUGGUGCGUGUCACUGGUCUCUGUAGUGUGGAUCCCACUUGGUGCUAUUCAAGAGAUCUACAGCAACAAAGGCUCACUUCGCCAGAGACUUAAAACAGCCAUGACUCCUACAAUAGACCUGGAUGCUGAGGAUCCCUCGUUGGAAAAACACAACCCGGCGUCUGAAACCUUGUUCACUUCAGGGGCAUGAAGUCAUGUCUUUGCAUCUGUACGUACCAAACCCUGUGAUACAGUUUGAUUUUUAGUGAACGGUGCUAUUUAGCAUUUACUUUGAGAUACAGUCAGAUGAGUCUUUAUGUUUUGGUCAUAAAAUUAUGAUUUUUUCCCAUUAGUUUUAGGGUAAGGUGUUUGGGGUAUAGCCCUUACUGUAUCUUAAGCCCACUGUAGUGCUUUAAUACUCAAGCCACUUUUUCCUUUGGAGACUUCAACAGAAUGAAAAUAUCCCUGGCACCUUGUACAGUGUACAAGUAUAUAACCAAAAUCUGAGAUUUUGUCCACUAACAUAAGAUUAAAUUAUUUAAAUUUAGGUAUGAGUGAUUCUGUUCCCUCUCCAGACUAUGCAGGUGUUUGGUCCAACCAAAGAUUGAAAUUGAGAUGAUUAUAUCCUCCCCUCUGAUGAUUAAUUGGUAUUAUGCAGUUUAUGCAGUGAUGUUUUCCCUUGCAAAGUGUGAUAAAUGUCAGUGAGUUUGUGUAGCACAACAGUGCAUUUUGUUCCUAUGGCAAUCAGAGGGUUAUUAAUUUAUUAUUUUUAACUUAAUAUAUCUAUGAUUUAAAUUCUUUUGUACCACUUUGUGGCCCCUAAAGCCAUAAUACACGGUGCUGUUUUGUUGUUUAAUGUAACAUUCAGGCAGUUCUCAGCUUCUUGUAAUGUUGAGAAACAUGAAAGGUAGGUCUUCAUCUGGAAUAGACCAAUACCUAAAACACUGCAAUGUGUAAAUGAGAGGAGCUAGAUAUAACCUCUCCAAUACUUGUCACUGAUAGCAGCCCAAGUGUGUUUUUAAUCCCAAGACAUAAAAGAGAAAUAGAGGAAUAAAAAGAAUAGAAUAAAAGAAUAAAAUUUGCCGUAUUAUUUAUUUACCAGCACCCUUUCAUCGAAACCUCAGCACUCGCUAAACUCAAGCAUUAUGAGGCUUGUUUUAGUCUGUCACUGGUAUUUACAUGUCAUUUGCUAUUUGAGGGCAGCUGCUUGGUGUUACAAAGGUAGGAACACAGACACACAGGCAGUCAAACUGAUGCUGACUGGGAACAAAGGGCUGCUAUAAAGGCAGGGGAGCUGGUGAGGUAAAUGAGAACAGGUGUGCAGGUGGGUGUGGGGAGUCAGGUGAAUGGUAAAGGAGGGAAAGUCUGUUUGCUGGAUGGAAAAUGGCAAGAUGUGGGAAAGGGGAGGAUGAAACACAGUCAGGGGGAAAUGCACGGGGGCGGAGGGGAGCUGAGAGGGAGCGGAUCGUGACGCUUGGUCACAAACCUAGAAAUAUUUGACUUUACGACUUGCUGGAACUGCCUGAAUGCAUCAUUAGAUUUGACCUCUGAGAGUCUAGACGGAUUCAUUUUGGUAGAAAGAGUAGGUACAGGGCCCAAAUGGUUGCGUGCAAAUGUCUAGCCUCUGAACUGGGACACAGCACCAGUGCACAAACACCAUUUAUAUAAAGUGAAAACUCUUUAACACAGAGAAGCCAAGGUGUUUGAAUCACAACAAAAGCAUAAACACAAACAGACAAGUACAAUUUGUACGUUGUUUUUUUUUUUUUUUUUUUUUGAUACAGUGUGUUGCAAAGCUUCAGAAAGACUCAUUUGAUCAUCACUUCCAUCUUCACUUCACUUCCAUCAGAUACAAUAAUGAGUUAGUGAGUGAUCAGAGCAGCAGGAUAACGUUAUAUCCAGGUACUGAGCUCAAAUAGGAAUGUGUGAAUCAGCUUCGUCUGAUCUCCACAGGCUGAGGAACGACAUAAUAUUAUUUUUCAGUGAUGCAUCUAACAUUAUUUUUUAACUGUCUAAACUUUUUUUUUUUUUAGAGAUUAUAAGUGGUGCCUUUGAUCCACUGCCAUGACACCAAAUUGGGCUAAUGAGAGUAAAUAAUCCUCAGGACAGUAACAGUCAGUUGUGCUCCAUAUUGUAUUGACCCAAAACCAAAGUUAAUCACUGACUCUUUUAUCUCUCACUUCUUAACAGAGAAAGGUGACAAAAAGUUCACUUUGGUGGAAAUGUAAUUUAUUUUAACUCAAGCUUUAACUUUGAGAUUGCACAGUAGUGUUAUGUAAAGCUUUUUUAACGAUUGACCUCAUGUCUAGUUAGAUUGAACCAGAUCUUUCAAAGAGAAAAGAGUUCAGUCGGUGUUGAAACUGUAAGCUUUGGGGUAAUAUAUUAUGUAGAUGAACUACCUUGACUGAAAAUGACCAGAGGAGAAAAAGUCACACUUAAGGUUGCGCCCAAUCGUACAGCAUAUUCUUGGCCUUUUCUGUCUUCACCAUGUUGCUUAUCAAACCGACUCUCAUUUAAGAGUGCCUUUUAUUCCAAAGUACUGAAAUAAGCUCUGAUAAUAGAUGCUCCAAACAUCGGAAUAUGAUUUUUAAAAUGUUCCAAGGAUGUUUCUAAACAAAGAUACUUACGUUUCACAUCUUAUCACUAUUUAAAAGUGAAAAUAUUAUCAUUCUACUUUUGUAUUUGUUUCAUAUUUAAGUGUAUAAGCUGUUUUUAAAUGUGCAAGGAUGAUCUAGAAGCACUUUUACAACAUAGUAGGUCACUGUUUACGCUUUUUAGUGUUUGGAAUUUUAAUAUGAACUAAAUAAAAAUUGUAAUGGGCUGUUAACAUGAUUAUGGUUUUAAAAAAUCUUGUUUAGAAAUGCACAAAGUCUGUGGUUAUUUGGGUUAGUUGUUAAAAAUGUUGAUUUUCAAUAUUUUCUCAUAAUACACAUGCACAUUUUUAAUUUGUGACUCCAUUUGUACCAUUGUGUAAUUUGUUACCAUUUCAUGAUAUUAGUCUGUAAGUGACCACAGUCAAACCUGCAGUGUUCUCACAUUCACACACUGUAACAACAAAGAUACCGACAUAUAGACUGAAUGCAACACGAUAUUUGUAAAGUGUGACAGCUUUUUUCAAUUUCACAAUCAAAUUUUAUGUUGAUUUAAUUGUUGGUUUAAUUUUCUUACUAUUUUAAUCAUAUUUCUACUGUGUAAUGGUGUGUGGUGUCUUAACAUUUUGUUAAAUAAAAAGCCUUAAUUUUU